AUGGGGCUCCCUCCGACUUCCGACCGUGAGACGCGAGGCCUCUUUCAGUGGUCUCACCGCCAACUCCCUCCUCUCGAUGCUACAGGUAUCGGCUGGUACGUCCACACCAUCAAGGAAGCCUUCGGUAGCAAUGUUACGUCGGCUCCUCGAGACUGGAGUGAGGCGAUUCUACGCGAUACUACCAGGGAUCUAGCCAAAUAUAUGGUGUCUUGGGCUAGCAUACAUGUCAAGGUCGCUGCAGAACUGGACCUCGCGUCUCUGGCCCCAGCUGGCGCCUGGAUCGAAAGCCGACUACACAAGCAGUAUGUUGAGGCUGUUGAUCCGACCAGCAAGAAUCCCAAGCAAGUCGGAACGAGGCGGACUGACCUGAUCAUUUACCGUCGCGUGCUGCAGUACCUCCUCGUCGGUCUCAUACUCGAAUUCAAGUACAUCAAGUAUCCGAACUUCAAGGAGGCUUCAAAGAAAAUGGCCGUCUUUCGAGAGGCCUUCUACCAGACCGCGUGGUAUCUCGUAGGGGCCAAUUCGCUUGUCGGCACGCGGCUGGCAGCACCGGUCGUAAACACUUCGUUCCUUCGCCUAUUCAUGCUGACCUCAAAUACGCUCAUUAUCGAGGUGUCGAGUGACCUCGCCGACAGGGCGGCAUCAAUUAACAGUAUCGCUGAGCUGGAGGGCUGGGACGAGUUCUGGCAAAGUGGCCCCACUCACGACAUACUUUUGAACGGCGAACUGAACAAAUCUGCUCUAGCAAUUUACUACGAGCUGUUGGCGCAGGGCUACAUUUUGGCGGCCUCGAUGACAGGUGCCCUCCAAGGCGCGGGUGACGCUGGCGACGCUGCACCUCCCUUCCAUGAGGCGCAUAUCAAGCGCAGGCAUGCCUGGAAGAACAAGUCUGGUCAAGCCCGAUCUGUGACUGUCACUUCGACUAGCACAGGCUCCAAGGGCAAGAGUCCGAAGCACAGCGUAAACGCUUCUUCCGGAAGUGGCGACAGCGCUCCUGACGGCGACAAGAAUGACGAGGAGGAGAUUAUCUCUACCAACUCGGAUAGUGCCGACGACGACGGCCACUCUGAGAGUGAGAGGGACGACAAGGAUCCCUCUUGGGACGAGGACCCCCCCUGGGCAGACGACUGUGACGUCGAGGAUCUUGCCGCGUACGACUACUCGUUCCUCAGCCGCCACAUUCACAAUGUUAAGCUGGUCUCUUCGGACGAUUUCAGCCGCCUGCUGCACGAUCACAUCGCAGCCCUCAACCUGCCCCCUCUCAGCGCCCAUUGA